GUGCGCGCCGCCGGAUUGCGUCUCUUCUCAGUGCAUGGACGGGAGGCGAUAGAGGAGAGCGGAGCGUGUAAGUCACCGGCGGAUGUGCCCGCCUAUGUAGACGGGGCCACUAUACACUAUAUAUACGGUGUUGCUGCGUGGAGACCUCUCAGAAUACUCCUCCAAGAUGGUUGUAAACCUCUGCCUUCCUCAGUUCAAGCCACGGGUCAUUUGCAGCAAGAUAAGUGCUGAUGGCUACGAAGUGGAGAAUCUGGUCUCCGAAGACCUCGCUAAAAGGAAUCGUGGUUUUCGCUGUGAAUAUUUCAUUAAGCCUCCUAUACACCUCACCUUCUCGUUUCCAUUUAAUAUAGAUAUAUGUAGGAUUAAUAUAGACACCUCCUCAGGGGGGCACCAGCACUUUUCAGGAAUAGACAUUUACUCAGCUACCUCCACCAACAAACCGUCUUGGAGUAACCAUGAGCCAGCUUCAGUUGGCCAGGCACUGGAGAAAGAAGUCUUUGCUUUGGUGGGGAAAGUUGUGCUGAAAAAUCAAAGUAAGGCGACGUUCAACAACAGAGGCUUCAAACCGAGACACCCAUUCCAUCAGACCGAUAACGUGAUGUCUUACCAUGGGUCGUCUUGCCAAGAUCUGUGGAAUAAGGGCCAGAACUCUCUGAGUAACGUUACCCACCUGAAGAUCUGUAUAACGCAUGUAGCGGGGGGUACGCCUUGUAGUAUAAAGAGGGUGGAAGUGUGGGGGCAGCCUGCAAAGACUUGCCCAAAGGAAGUGGUGGAGAACGUUUACCAGAUCGCUUGUCUAAGUCUUCCCCAGGGCUUUGGGCAGCAGCGUCCCUCAUCACCUAUGGAAGGUAACCACAUGUCUUAUAAUAACUCAGAAAAUACACAGCACAGCCUGAGUGAGCUCGCUGUUCUCCUCCAAGAUGUCCCCGAGGAGUUUCUGGACCCAAUUACACUGGAGAUCAUGCCUUUCCCCAUAGUCCUUCCAUCAGGGAAAGUCAUUGACCAAAGCACACUUGAUAAAUGCAACCAAAGCGAAGCGUCGUGGGGCAGGAUGCCAAGCGACCCGUUUACGGGCGUUCCUUACACGCCACACUCCCAGCCUCUCCCUCAUCCUCCACUCAAGGCUAGGAUAGACUACUUCCUCUUACAGCACAAUAUUCCUGGCUCCAACCUCCUGGGAAGAGCACGAGUUGGUGGCCCCCUGACCCCUUCUGUCAUAGCACUGUCCUCCAUGAAGAGGAAGGUGGAAUGGAUGGAGGAUUCGGCCAAUGACGGCGAUAACGUAGACACCUACUUUUCAGCGUUGAGUGGCCUCUCGUCUACCUCAGAGCUCGGAACGAAGAAGAUGAAAACGGAAAAUGACAGUCAAACGUCACAGAUGGAUUGCUCAAAUUCAGAGUCAAUGUCCCAUGAGCAGAGACUGACACAGAGUCUGGACCAGGCUCUCACCACAGCCCUGGGCUCCAUGCCAUCGUACACAGCAAAGUUCAUGAAAAGUCAACAGCAAGGAUUUCACAUGGAGAAUGCCGGGAGCCCACCCUGGACCACAGCCUCGUCUUUUACUGAGCAUGCGAGGAGCGGCACGCUUCAAGGCUGCACAUCGUGUUUGAGGACAUUUUCAGCUUACUGUAAAACUGAACCCAUUUACCAGCUUUCGUGCGGCCACCUUAUGUGUCGCCCCUGCCUGGCUGAAACCCAAAAGUCGCUGUCGGUGGUCUGCAAGAAUUGCAAUCGGACCGUCGCCACCCGAGACGUGCUGAGGGUCCACCUGUAGACCAGAGAAGCCAAUCACGUUCAGCUUCCUUGCGGGAUAUAACGCUUAAACGGGACACAACCUUUGCUGCUAAUCUCUCCAGACUUGUGCGUAUUUAUUUAGAAAGGUCACAUUAGGAGCUAUAACCGGCGCCCUAGGCUUUGGCGUCUUUGCUCACUCAUAGUUGUGCUGGUGAAACACCCCCCCCCCCCCAAAAAAAAAAAAAGUCCUAGAUUUUGUGUUUACAAUGGGAUUCCAUACUGUGCUAUGUGAAUAACAUGGACGCCUGAUUGAGGCUGAUUUGGAAAUAAGUGCAAUUGUGUAUCGUGAUCCUUGUGCUUUCCUUCCUCGGUGCCUGAUACGUUCCCCACGUGGUUUUCGUAAGUACAGGCCUCGUAAACACUGUUAUGCCCUGCUGGUCACCCGAGCAUUUCGGUAGUAAUAGUACUGCCAUACUUGGGCACGGUUUGUGCACAGACCGCCCUCGUCUUCCUUUAGUUGUCUAAUGUGGAUAUGAAAUAAAUGCAGAAUGUGUUUGAGUUCAAGGAAUCGAGGGCUGGAGUUGCCAGUGUCCCAUACAUAUAGCCUCCACCUAUGUGUACACCUGCUGCGCAAGCUUCCUGUCACAUGAUUUGAGUGCAGUUUGCAAUAUGGCCGCCUCCAUUCAAUAAUUAAACAUCUCAGGAACUUGCUGGAGAUUUGAGGUCCAAUUCCCGGGUCAUUUUAUGUUUUCAGUUUUUUUGCCAAAACUAAUCAAUCCUUAGCCCCUGUCUAAAUAUGUUCACUUACUAUUACUGGGGUCAGGUAUGGAUUCCAGGGGUCUCCCAUUGAGUUUGUCAGAGGGUGCACAGAUUUUGGUCCCUCUUGUGAUGGGCCUCGCAAGUUUAAAGUUUUUAUGGAGUCGCCUUGAUGGCUGCAGCAGUUAUGGAAACUGGUGGGACUGAUACUUCCAUAGCUUCAUUCAGUAAGAGAUUGUCCAGAUGAGCUUGAGAGAACUGUUGCGGGCAGCCUGUUGUUAAGCUGUAGUGUAAAGCAUGGCAGGAAGCCAUUGACUUCAUCAGACAUGGAUUAUUAUUUUUUUGUACUCCAAACGACUACACUGUCGCUGAGGCAGAGUUAAUUGAUUGUAACUGAGAAGGAGGAAGCAAGGUAUUCGCAGGCAUCAAAUAUAUGAAAUAGGUUUUCAGGGACUACAGUAUUGAUGGGCUAUUCUAGGGAUUGGUCUUUGAAGUCAGAUCGUGGGGGUUUGACUUGGGGCACCUUGCCGUCUCUGUUGAUAUAGUGACUAAAGGGUCCUGGCUUUCGCUGGAGUGAUGCGUCCCAUUCCUUGUCUUAUCUGUACAGCACCAUACUUUCAGUGGUGGCUGUACCUGGUAUUGCCGCUCAUUCCCAUUCUAGUGAGCCAGUACUAAAAGUGCAGAGCGCACCGGCCCCUUCGUCCAGCAGACCGGUCAGGGUGCCGGCCAUCAGUAUUAUAGUCAAUGGAAACUACCACUGCACUUCUAUGUGGUCUUGUGCUGGGAAGUCAAAUGUCUCACAUCGUCACCAUGUCCUUGUAAAGUAAGGCUUCCAUGCUCCAAUAGACCUUAACUGUUCUCUCCAUCGCUUUUCUAUUGCCAGCAUAUAUGUCCAUCAACCCUGCAUGAUGGGCUGCAGUAAACGAUUAUUUCAGUAAUCGAGUAUUCUAUCGAUUAUUUUUUACGAUUUGAGUAUUCUAAUAAGAAAAAAAGGAAUUAGAUUGUUUUCCUUUAUAAAAACU